CUCUGUGGUCGAUCCCUGAGGUGGUGGUGAUCCUUCAACAGAGCGCGCUGGAUCUCCGUGCGGCAGGACGCGCGUCUCUGCAGACACCGGACUGACUGCUCUGCUUUAUCCGCCUCCACCGGAACCCUUCAGCAGUCUGGAGCAAUGCGCUGCGCUCUGCGUAAAGGUUAGAGAGGGCGGAUCACUGCCGGACACCUCUGCCUGCCCAGCACCCCGGGGGUCGGGCUUUGUUAACUGUGAGGACUCUCAUUUCUUUGCCAAGAUAUUGUGAGAAUGGAACCAAACGGGAAUAACUGUGAGGAUGACCUGCAGUGUGCCGAAGAGGAAGAAGAGGUGGAUCCCAGAAUCCAGGGAGAGCUGGAGAAGUUGAACCAGUCUACAGAUGACAUUAACCGCUGGGAGAGUGAGCUGGAGGACUGCCGUCAGCGGUUUCGAGCAGUGCUGGUAGAAGCAACAGUGAAGCUGGACGAGCAGGUGAAGAGGAUCGGACGAGCUGUGGAUGACUCCAAACCCUACUGGGAAGCCCGCAAAGUGGCAAGACAGGCCCAGGUUGAAGCCCAAAAGGCCACUCAGGAAUUCCAGCGAGCAGUGGAGAUCCUGCGGGCAGCCAAAGAAACCAUCGCCCUGGCUGAGGAGAGGCUGCUGGAGGAGGACACCCGCCAGUUCGACUCCGCCUGGCAGGAAAUGCUCAACCAUGCCACACAGAGAGUGAUGGAGGCAGAGCAGGCGAGAACGCGCAGUGAAGCUGAACACAAAAAAACAGCAGCCAACUACAACUCCUGUAUCAGCCACAUGAGGCAGUUAGAGAAGAAACUAAAGCGCUCCAUCAAUAAAUCCAGACCAUAUUUUGAACUGAAAGCCAAGUAUUAUCUACAGCUUGAGCAACUGAAGCGUCAUGUGGACGAACGUCAGGCCAAACUAGUUGUUGCCAAGGCCGAGUACCGUGCGGCGCUACGCAACCUGGAGAGCAUCUCGGAGGAGAUCCACGCCCAGCGACGCUCCCUCGCCAUGGGAACCAGGGAGCAAGGCGUUGGUGCCGAAGGAGACGGAGGUAACGAGGACAUCGCCAACUUCAAGAUGGAGUCAGACGGCCUCUCAAUGGUGUCAGUGUCCAUUGACGAAGAGGGCAGUCACAGUAGCAGCUCAGAGGAGGAGGCCGACACUCACUCCAUCUCCUCUCCCCGACCAAUGCCCUCCUCGCCUUCUUCCUCUUCCUGCUCCCAUCCCUCCACCUCUGCCUCCACCCCACUCGACAUGCCCAGCCCUUUACCCUCCUCCUCAUCCUCCUCCUCCUGCCUCUCCUCCUCUCCAUCUUCCACCAUCCAGUCCUCCUCCUGUCCCGGUGGCCUGGAGUUAGCGAGCCCCCGUGGCUCUCACAGCCCAGACUCAGUGUGCGGUUCUGGCCAUGCCUCACCUCUCCUGGGCCCUCGCAGCCAGUGCAGUGGAGCUUCCUCUCCAGACUGCGACCAGGAGAGAGGUGACAGAGCAGAGGGAGCCGAGGCGACAUUAGAAGCCGGUCUGAACAAGCUAUCUUUGACUGUAGCACAAGAACAAGAAGCGGACUCUGGGGAUGAACAAGACCCCCAUUUUAUUAACCCUGAAAUCUCCUCUCCCAGUGCCGCCACUGCCAUUCUGCUGUUCAACGGUGUCUAAAGACGUUUGUCGUGCUUUCAACACUCACUGUGCUCAGCUUCAAGCCUCGGAAAGGACUUACUGUCAGAAGCCACAGAAAGCAAUGAGACAGCAAGCUGCAAACCUGUAUGACAUUGUCUCAGUGUUGUCUGAACAUCAGUGGUGUCACAUGAAAGGUGCUAUAUGGAUUUGACAUCAGUAUAUUGUGUUAAAUAAAUAGUGGAUUUAUUGUGAACAGAUGUGAUCGGGGACAGGAUGAUCAAACCUGUGGUAUUAGGACUAGUGUCAUUUAAAGGACUGCAUUUCUCAUAAGGCUCCAUGAUCCAUAUUACAAAGAGAUUUGCCACUUGAUGGAUUUUCUUUCAUCUGUAUUUGUCCAGAGAAGACUAUGUUCUUCUUUUGUGCCAUAAAUCUCUCUGUGUAGUGCAGCACUAUGACAAAUAUUCUGUCCAUGUUGUAGAGGCUGUCAGUCAUUUCAGCGAUGAUGUAACUCAUCCACAGCCAUGCAGUGACGUGUCCACAUUAAUGUAGUAAACUUUAAUUGAUGUUAACAUGCAACUGUUGGCACCACUAAGACACAUUUUGUAUUUAUGUGAAAAAAAGAGCCUCUACUGGCUUCAAAUAAGGAUUGAAAUGGGACAAAAUCAAGCUGUCUGAUGGAGGUUUCUGUCAUGUUCUGCCUUUAUUUCUCAACCCUUUUCAAUUUAUUCUGUUGAGUGUGGAUUCAACUGUGGAGAAAUAGUCAACAAGGAAAAAAACUGGAGUGCAAGCAGUACUCUGAGCACUAAAGAGACUUAGAAUGGUCUUCCAUUUACAGUCGUGAAUGAGUGAGUGAGUGAGUGUGUUGUCGAGUGCAAAGUGCAAACCGCAUUCUCAGGUGGUUUGUUUGUGUGGAUGAUUUUUUGAAUGUGUGUCUGUUGUGCUUUUGACAAAUGUUCAAAUACUACCCUGUAGUACAGAUAUUCUAUAUUUAUACUCCUGUAUUCUUGUAUAUGAACAAUGUUUUGUGGUUACUGUUGUAAUUGUUUAACACAAAAUAGGCAAUAAACGUGUUUCAUGUGAUAAA